UAGGGAAAAGUUCAGUCAGAAACACGGAUGGUUGAAAAAAAAGGUGCGGAUAAAAUAUCUAUAGUAAAUGUUAAAAACAAAUAAAGCAAAAAUAGGAACUUUAAAGUCGUCAUGUGUUUGCUGUAUAAAGGGAGCUGUAAAGGGACGUCUUCUCGUAAAACUAUAAUCCUCAAAAAUCUCCUCCUCCUUCUUCUCCUUCUUCUCUCUGUCUCUGUUAAGCUUCCGUCAUCACAGAGUACAGAGAGAGACUGACACUAAAUUCUUUUGACUUCACACACACUCUCACUUCCCUAACGGUUUUUUCCACACUCUAAAAAUUACACCUUUUGCCACUUCCUCCGGCGAUAAAAUGAUCACAUGGCACGACCUCUACACGGUGCUCACGGCGGUGAUUCCACUCUACGUCGCUAUGAUCCUCGCUUACGGCUCCGUCCGGUGGUGGAAAAUCUUCUCACCUGACCAAUGCUCCGGAAUCAACCGCUUCGUCGCCAUUUUCGCCGUCCCUCUCCUCUCCUUCCACUUCAUCUCCACCAACAACCCUUACUCCAUGAACCUCCGAUUCAUCGCCGCCGAUACUCUCCAGAAAUUGAUCAUGCUCUCUCUCCUAACAAUCUGGGCCAAUUUCACUCGCUCAGGCACUCUCGAGUGGAGCAUCACCAUCUUCUCCCUCUCCACGCUCCCCAACACGCUCGUCAUGGGAAUCCCUCUCUUGAUCGCCAUGUACGGCGAUUACUCCGGCUCCCUCAUGGUCCAGAUCGUCGUUCUCCAGUGUAUAAUCUGGUACACGCUCCUCCUCUUCCUCUUCGAGUACAGAGGAGCUAAGAUUUUAAUCAUGGAGCAGUUCCCGGAGACGGCGGCUUCGAUCGUCUCUUUUAAAGUCGAAUCCGACGUCGUUUCGCUCGACGGUCACGAUUUCCUCGAGACGGACGCUCAGAUCGGAGACGACGGGAAGUUACACGUCACCGUUAGGAAAUCGAACGCUUCUCGGAGAUCUUUUUGUGGUCCUAACAUGACUCCUCGUCCGUCGAAUCUCACCGGAGCUGAGAUUUAUAGUCUCAGCACGACUCCGAGAGGAUCUAAUUUCAAUAACUCCGAUUUCUACUCUAUGAUGGGGUUUCCCGGUGGCCGGUUAUCGAAUUUUGGACCGGCGGAUAUGUAUUCCGUUCAGUCGUCGAGGGGACCAACUCCAAGACCGUCGAAUUUCGAUGAGAAUUGUGCUAUGGCUUCGUCGCCGAGAUUCGGGUAUUACCCGGGACCAGCCGGGUCGUACCCAGCUCCUAACCCGGAAUUCUCCUCCGCCGCUAGUAAAACCGGUAGCAAAAGCCAUCAUCAUGCCGGAGGAAAAUCGAAUAGUCAUGACGCGAAGGAGCUCCAUAUGUUCGUGUGGGGAUCCAACGGGUCACCCGUUUCGGAUAGACCGGGUCUUCAAGUAUUCGGCGGAGCUAACGAACAAGCUGGAAAAUCCGACCAAGGCGCUAAAGAGAUUCGAAUGUUGGUCUCUGAUCCUCCUCAGAACGCAGAAAGCAAAGUUAUUGGUCCGACGAACGGAGACUUUGGCGGCGAAGAAGAGUCGGAGAGAGCGAAGGAAGGACCAAACGGACUACACAAGCUUCGAUGUAACUCUACGGCGGAGCUAAACCCUAAAGAAGCCAACGAAACCGGACCGGUUAAACAUAUGCCGCCGGCGAGUGUGAUGACUCGGUUGAUACUGAUAAUGGUGUGGAGAAAACUGAUCAGAAACCCAAACACUUACUCUAGUCUCAUUGGCCUUAUUUGGGCCCUCGUCGCUUUCCGGUGGAAUGUGGCGAUGCCUAAAAUCAUUCAGCAAUCAAUCUCAAUUCUCUCUGAUGCUGGUCUUGGUAUGGCAAUGUUCAGUUUGGGGUUGUUCAUGGCGUUGCAACCCAAGUUAAUCGCUUGCGGAAACUCCACGGCGACUUUUGCAAUGGCGGUGAGGUUCUUGACAGGACCAGCAGUAAUGGCCGUUGCAGCCAUGGGUAUCGGAUUACGCGGAGAUCUAUUACGUGUGGCCAUUGUUCAGGCUGCAUUGCCUCAAGGAAUCGUGCCGUUUGUGUUUGCAAAAGAGUACAAUGUUCAUCCAGCAAUCUUGAGUACAGGGGUAAUAUUCGGAAUGCUUAUCGCACUACCGAUCACACUUGUUUACUACAUUCUACUCGGGCUAUAAGCUCUGUAUAAUAGAGAAGUUUUGCUUCCGGAUAAAGAGAAACAAGAGAGUUCCAAGAUUAGUGGAACAAAGCUAGAGAAAUGUAACACAAGAGGUUUAGUAAGGGUACCAAGUUUUGAUUUGAAAGAUCGAAAAGCUCUUUUUUCUUGUCUAUAAUUUCUAGAAGAUUAUUUGAGAAAGAAGGGGAUGACAAUGAGAGAAGAAGAGCACAAGGGAAACAAGGACAGAUGCAACCAAUAGAGGAUAAAACCUUAUUAUGAUAUAGUAUUUGAUUUUGCAACUUUUUUUUUCUACUUGUGAUGUGUUGUUUUGAAUUAGGUAGGUAUUGGGCUAGUGUUAAAACGCUUCAGCUUUUUACUAAUGUGUUGAUCGUUUUUGCGUAAAGUGUGGUUUUUUUUUUUGUAUAUUAUCCUUUCACAUCUGGUGAUGUAUAAUUACCAGUUACCAUUAUCUAAAUUAUAUUAGAAUAAUUUUUCUA